GAGAGAAAAUCCUUCGAAACGGAGUAGAAUUGAACGUGAUAUAGAUAAUAAUUUGAUCACAUCAACACCAAGAGCUGGAGAGAAGCCUAACAAACAAUUGUCUCGAGUAAGGCGGAAAAGUCCAGUCAAUGGAGAAGCUGGUAGUUACGAAAUGACAAAUCAACAUAUAAAACAAAAUGGGAAAUUAGAAGAUAAUACUUGCUCGGGUAGUCCUCCAAGGACUACAUUGUUGGGGACCAUAUUUUCUCCUGUCUUCAACUUUUUUUCACCAGCAAAUAAAAAUGGAACGUCCGGCUCGGAUUCCCCAGGACAGGCUGUGGAAGCUGAGGAGAUAGUGAAACAACUUGACAUGGAACAGGUGGAUGAAAUCACUACCAGCACUGCGUCAGCUAAUGGAGCAGCUUACUCAAAUCAAGCAGUUCAAGUGAGGCCAUCCAUAAAUAAUGGGUUAGAAGAAGCAGAAGAAUCAGUUACCCGGGAUAUCCCACCCCUCACAGCACCAGUAACUCCAGAGAGUGGUUAUUCGUCAGCUCAUGCAGAGGCCACCUAUGAGGAAGACUGGGAAGUAUUUGACCCCUAUUAUUUCAUCAAACAUGUUCCGCCUCUGACAGAAGAACAACUAAAUAGGAAACCUGCUCUUCCUUUGAAAACAAGAAGCACACCAGAGUUUUCCCUGGUCUUAGAUCUGGAUGAAACACUAGUGCACUGUAGUCUGAAUGAGCUAGAAGAUGCAGCACUUACUUUUCCAGUCCUUUUCCAAGAUGUCAUUUAUCAGGUUUAUGUGAGAUUAAGACCGUUCUUCAGGGAAUUCCUGGAACGAAUGUCUCAGAUGUAUGAGAUCAUUCUUUUUACUGCUUCUAAGAAGGUGUAUGCAGACAAGUUACUGAACAUACUAGACCCUAAAAAGCAACUGGUCAGGCACCGACUUUUCCGUGAACAUUGUGUUUGUGUACAAGGAAACUAUAUAAAGGACUUAAAUAUUCUUGGAAGAGAUCUUUCUAAAACUAUAAUAAUUGACAACUCACCACAAGCCUUUGCCUAUCAGCUUUCUAAUGGAAUCCCUAUAGAAAGUUGGUUUAUGGAUAAAAAUGACAAUGAACUCCUAAAAUUGAUUCCGUUUCUGGAGAAGCUUGUAGAACUGAAUGAAGAUGUCCGGCCUCACAUCAGAGACAGAUUUCGAUUGCAUGAUUUGCUGCCCCCAGAUUAAGUUCAAAGACUUGUCAGAUUACUGAAGGGGUGGGGGGGAGAAUGCAGGACCCUUUUGGACUAAGACAAAAACAUUGCCAUUACUGUUGAAAUUUUGCAUUUUUGUACCCCGUCUUGCUUUUCUUAUCUUUGGUGCCCAAAAAUAAUGAAGGGUUACAGAAAGAGACUAUCUCAGAUUGAUACAUACAGUGGUAGGCUGAACAGAAGCGUCUGUAGAACUAGUGCAACUCCAGUGAAACUUUCUAUGUACAGGACAUCUGCAGUUUAUAAAGAAUUCUGUUUCUGCCACCAGCAGUUGGACCUGUAGUUACACAGGAUUUUAUGACAAUAACAGAGAUGAAAGUGGACUUUCAUUUUCUCUCUGUUUGGUGCUCUCCGUGGGUUUGUAGCCACUUUUCUGUUACUUUACUAUUCUCAUUUCAACAGGAAUGGCCAGUAAGAGUUGUUUUAUUUUUCCUGUUAAGGUUUAUACCUUUUUACAUUUCUGACCUGUAUUAGAUUAGAAUCUCAUGAUGCAUUCCUUUUAGUUGAGGCGCUUCAUAGUUUUCUGGAAAUAGUCAAUUUUUUUUUUAUUAUACAUUUGAAUGGCCGUUUUCCUGCUUUGUCUGCCUGCAUAUUGUAUAUUUGUUUAAAAAUAUUCUCUACUUUUAGACCAUGUAAGUUUCAUUUAAAAAAAAAUACAUGCAUUUAUAUUUUGUUCUGUAAUAUUCUACUGUAGGUGAAAUCUUCAGAAAUCAAGAGAUUGGGUAGUUAAGAAUAUAUGAAUGACUAAUAUUCAAAUGAUUUGAACCAUUGUGAUGACAUGUAUUCCAGAUGGUAAUAUCUUGCAAUGGCACACAUAUAAUGGAUAAAGGUAUACCUCAGACUUCACUGUGCUCACUAAUCUUCGAAGAGAACGAGUUCAGUCACCUGUUGGGCUUGGUUCAGUUACUGCUGCCUUUGGUUUUCUCCAGGAAUGAAGUACUCAGCACAGUGACUCAGUAUUUUUACUUUGCAUGGGCUGGUAGUACCUCUGUUAUGCUCUUGGUUACAAUCAGUUUAAAACUCUGUGUAACAGUCUUGGUACCUAACAGUGGCUAUGCAUAAUCGUGUGGCACAGAACACGCCCGGGCCACCAGUUAAUAUGCUCAUAGUGGUUUUCUAUGCUAUAUGAAAAUAGUCGCCACGCCGUGGCUCCCUAAUGCAGCUACCACAAGAGGUUGAUAUUUUUAUAGUGGCGUGUAUUCUCCUUUUCAGGAGGCUUUUUAUGGAAGGUAGAAUUUGUAAAAGUUAGUAUGCUUUGCCUCUCAACUGCAUUAACAUGCCACAGGCUCAGACUGUUUUUGUGUAAAGGAUGUCAAAGAACGGCACUUUUUCUAAAGAGAAGUUUGAUAUUUUGUAUGCUUGUUAAGAAAGUACAGUAUUGGAAAUUAAAGGUGGACAACUGAUAAUUGAGGAGUAUGUCAGUUAAUUUUUUAUGUAUAUUACCUGUUUACUUGUACAACUUAUUGUACAAAUUACAUGCAGCUUCAUUUUCAAAUGAAUCCUUAAAAUAAGGAGAUCUUUUUAGGAAAACAUUUAAUUUUUGUAUUUUUGAUUUUAAAGGCAUGAGUUGUCAGUUUUCAGUGUAUUAAUGAAGAUUUUAACUUUUCAUCAGGUUGAGUGUUUUCUUACUAUAUUAUCUGUUGUGUAUGUAGUUAGCAUAUUGUGUCACUGAACUGUUUAAAAAUCUAGCAUGUAGAGCAAGCCUGUUUUGUGGAAAAUCCUUAUUCAUUAAAAAAAAAUAAUCAUGGCAGAUUUUCUGCAAAAAAAAAAAAACAGCAAUUGCAAUUCAGAAUACUGAUUUUUUUUUUUUUUUUAAUUUAAAAAAAAGGUAUUUUGCUUGCAGGAACAAUACUACAGAUUCAUUUUAAUGAGAAUCUUUGAAAUGUAUUUAUCUUUAGGGCACCUGGGCAUCUUUAUGCUGUUUGUCUUAUGUCUUUCUUGAAAUAAAAUGUACAUAUGUUACCUUUACAUAUGCUCUUUCUCAAAAUUGUGAACCUAGUUAAUUUCCUGCCCCCAUGAUUUUUAUGCUUAUAUAGCAAAUCCCAAACCUGUAUAAGAGCUGAAUUUUUGACAUGCAUAACUGCUGAAAGUUUUCCUGAUUAAAUGAAUACAGUCUCAAGCCCUUCCCACAACCUUAAGGGAAAAUGUAAACACUUGUACACCUGUGGGCACUUUAAUAAUAAAAAAGCAGGCCCAUGCUAGGAGGACUCCUGUAUGGAAGUCAGCUGAGAAGUGAGUCAAGAACAACAGAUUUUUGAAAUUUUACAUGGCCUGACAGUUGAGACCAAAUUAAUACAUUAUUUUUUUUCCAUUACUUUAUUUGGAUAAUUCUAAAGUUGUUGAUACAAAUAAAGUAAGUUAGAAACAAGUUAGCGGCUUUUUUUUUCAUUUUAAUAGAUUGUCUUCCAAUCAUCUAUUUUCUUUGUUGGUAGCUGUAGUUAACCAGAGGUGUGUAGUUUUUGAAUUGAGAUGUGCCCAGCCUGUCAGUGCACAAAGCAAACAUUACUGUAGUAAAUGCAGGGGCCAUGGAUCCAUGCCACAGCAAGCUACCUGUGUACACAUUAUAAUUCUUAAGGACCUAUUAAAAUUGUGCUAUUUCCAGUUAUGAAUGUUUGACUUUUAAGACAUUCUUUUAAAUAUUUGUAUCAUUGUUAGAGCUGUUUAAUUGGUUGUAUUUUUUAAUCCCAUGUAAUAUAUGUAGUCCUGACCAGAUUUACUACCAUUUUCCUCUGGGUCCUAAAGGAGAAUUGAUGACAAUUCGUAACCAGAAAUUGUUUUAUAUUUGCUAGUAUGUAUAUUUAUUUAUCCAAUGGCUUUAUUUGUCUCCCAAAAUUGUUUUGGGACUUGCUGAAAGCGUUGUGUAACUUCUAUAAAUGGCUAUUUUCUUGUAAUUGUCAGUGAUACGGAUGUGUACAUUGUUUUUAUAUAUAUAUAUAUAUAUAUACAUACAUACAUAUAUAUAUUUCUGGGGUAAUUUUUUUUUAGGGUCGACAGUGUUUUUUGGUUGAUGUUUUUAAGUUACCUUUUGCCAAUGAUGCUAGCUUUUACUUUCAUUCAGCCUUCUAAUGGAGUUCAUUCUUACUGUAUUGUCAACUUGCCUGUAAGAGACUUCAUCUCAUCAGUGAAGGAGGCAUUUAAUUAUUCCUACAAGUCUUACAGCAAGCACAGAUUCUUCAUAAGGAUCAGAUCUCUUCCACGUCUGUCAGUCACAUAAAGGACCCUGAGUCUCCGUUUGCUUGUACUGACGAUGAUGUUAUGCACUACAUCACUAGCUAGAUAAGGCUUCUAACCUGACUUCUCUGUCUUCCUAGGUAUUUAUUUGUUACCUCUUUAAAUCUUGUGUGUCUCAGUUAACUUAGAAUAGUUACCCACCGAAUAACUAUGCCAAGAACUAGGAAAGAAUGUUUAUUUUAUUUCCCCUUAUAGGGGAAGAGUGGACUGGGAACAAAAAUGUAAGGCCAAAAGGCCUUAGGUUAUCAUUCAUUCCCUUUUUUAUUCCUCUCAUGGGCUGUAUUUAACUAUAUAGUUCUUUGUUUGUUUGUUUUUGUUUUUUUUUCAGUGCUAAUGUAUUUGAUUAUGCCAUUGCUUUUCAUGUCUUCCCUUGAGUUGAAAACCUGCUAGAAAUUUGUAUAAAAUACCUUAAAGGUUUCAGUAAUAACCACAAAACUCAGUACCUUAUAUUCAAAUGCUACUUAAAUUAUUAAUCCAAGUCACACUAUUAGGAUACAUUUUCAUAAAAUGUUUCUCUGUUAUCUUGAAGUGAAAUUCCAUUGUAAAAGUUUAGUCCACAAAUAUGUUUUAAGAUCUUUUUCAAAAAGGAUUUAAGAGAGCAAGUUUAUUCUAGCUUAUGAUUUUAAUAUUAGUAUUUUAAGAUACAUAGUGAUUUCCAAACCUACCUAUUCAUCAGAAUUAACGCUGAAGUGCUUUUAAACUACAGACUCCUGAAGCCUGGGGAGCUACCUUGUGUCUAGAACAGGCUUUGAGAAUUCUGUAUUUUUGAAGCUUUCCCAGUGAUUUAAAUAGACAACUUUUGUAUAUUCCUGUUUUAAAUAAUGUGGUUUGAGGACAGGUUACAAAAGUUGACCAGGCAUCUCUCUCUCUCUGGUAGUCCUUCCUUCCUUCCUUCCUUCCUUCCUUCCUUCCUUCCUU